UCCUGAGAACACAAGCCCAAAAAAUUGUAAAACCCAAACCUAGGGACAAGCCCGGCCCCAGGAGAUAAAGCCAUUUAAGCCAAUCGCCUGGAUUAAUAACGGACAAGCGAUUGCCGUACGGUGCAAAACCGGAGAUCUGAGUUAGUACGGCGGUCUUGGCAGCGGACGGCAGCGAGAGACUCCAUUGAGAAAGGAUGAUUCUUGAUGCUGCACAAUGAAGCAUCCCUAAUUUGAGAAUUGAAGUGCAGAUUUUGAAUUGAAGAAUUCUGUGUCAGGAACAUCUACCACUAAAAAUUCUCUUGUUCCUCUCUUCCCAUGUGUGGAUGCACCAUAGAGGAGAGGCAUAGCUUUCUGAUUGAGUUGACUGGUGAGUUAGCUUUCCAUUUAUCACUGAUCCACGCCCUAUUCUUGAUGCUCCGAAACACAAAUUAAUCUUCAAGAACUCAUCCAACCCUAACGCACCAAACCUCUACCUCUGCUUGUCUCUCUCUAAAAGCUUCAACAUUUCUCUGAAAAACCCAACAUCAGAGGGCAAAACGAGCCCCCCAUUGCCCUGAAAUACAAAAUCUUUAUCGGCCUUGUUGAGCAGAGAGACGAAUGCAGGGAGGAGGUUCAGGAUUCAGGAACGUGUGCACCGGUUCUUCCACUGUUGCUUGACCUAUUUGAAGCGCACGGUUUGGGUGAUUUUGUUGACCUUGUCGGCGGAAGCCAUUGCAGUUCUAGAGAGAGAAGGGUCUGUAGAGAGAGGAGGGAUGGGGAGAAGGCACAACGGAAGCUGAACACUGACAAGAGUCCGGAGUUGAGAGUCGAAAAUGAGGUGGUUGUCGACUUGUCGGCGGCGAAGAUGUAGCUAGAGAGGGAUGCUGGGUCUGCCAUCGAUCUACAGAGAGAAUAUGUAUGUGUGAUAUGUAGUACUAUAUAAUAUACGUAGUACAUAAAUAUAUGCGUGAAGAAUGUAUAAUAUAGUACUACCAUAAAAUGAGAGAAGGGUAGUUUGGGUAUUUUUCAAAUUUAAAAUUACAAUAUUCACGAUAUAUACAGGGUUUUUCGUGCAAUUAAUUCAAAUAUAGCAAGGUUAGGAAAAAAAAAAACAAAAAACAAAGGCAACCACUGAAGCGUCUUGGCCCAAAAUUCACCGCGAUCUCCUUCCCGGCCACCGCGAGUUCCUCCACCCGCGUGAAGAAGCUCCUCCACCGGCGUGAAGAUAGUACUACCAUAAAAUGAGAGAAGGGUAGUUUGGGUAUUUUUCAAAUUUAAAAUUACAAUAUUCACGAUAUCUACAGUGUUUUUCGUGCAAUUAAUUCAAAUAUAGCAAGGUUAGAAAAAAAAAAAAACAAAAAACAAAGGCAACCACUGAAGCGUCUUGGCCCAAAAUUCACCGCGAUCUCCUUCCCGGCCACCGCGAGUUCCUCCACCCGCGUGAAGAAGCUCCUCCACCGGCGUGAAGAAGCUCCUCCACCCCUCUCUCUCUCCUCCACCGCGAGCUACUCCAGGUAAACAACUCUCAAUCUCCAAUUUCUGCAUUGAGGAAUUUCCUUCUGGUUUGUCCCUAUGAAGUUUUUUCAGGAAGAAACGAAUAAGCAUAUUCAGAAUACACUCAAAUCCAUAUUAAGAAUACUCUCUCUGGAUGUAAGUCUAUGGAGUCAUCUCUGCAGUGAAUUGCCGGAGUUUGACCGGAUUGAAAAAAGACCCAUAAGCGAUAGACAACAAUGGCUUCUCGAUUCCAGGCCGCUUCACUCGUGGCUUCGCCUUCUCAUCCCAAUGCAGUUGCCUGGUCCAAUGAGAACUUGGUGGCCGUCGCUUCCAGUCACCUUGUUACUAUCCUGAAUCCUGCUAUGCCUUUUGGACCCCGAGGCCUCAUCACUAUUCCUGCCAGCAAACCUUUUUCAAUUGGCUUGGUGGAACGAAAAGAUUUUCUAUCUGGUUGCUUGCUUCCCACGCGUUUAUCAAGGGAUAUUCGUCCUUACGCUCGGUCAAUAUCCUGGUCUCCUAUUGGAUUUGCUCCUAACUCGGGAUGCUUGCUUGCUGUUUGUACCUCAGAAGGACUUGUGAAGCUAUAUCGUAUGCCAUAUUGUGAGUUUUGUGCAGAGUGGGUUGAGGUUCUGGACAUUUCUGAGAUGUUAUGCAAUUACCUUUCUAGUAUCAGUUUUGGGGAGUUGGAGAUCCCUUCAUCUUAUGAUGAGCAAGCAAGUCAGCAAAGCAUGGAAUGUCCUGAUGAUAUGCCGAUCUCUGUUUUUAGAAGGAAAUCUAAGCGAAGAAGACAGAGUUUGGCCAUAACCAAUAAGGAGUCUGGAACCUUUGGAGACCAGUCACUACGUAGUGGAAACAUUAAGAAUGCUAAUCCUAGCUCUACUCCUUAUACUGGAAACUUAAUCACUCUGUUCAAGGAUGAAAAAUUCUUCCCAUGCUCAAUUUUGCAGGAGGGGUCAUCAGUGGAGGUUUUUGAGCAGAAUGAGCAACGUCGUCUAUGGGUUUCUGGCACGUUAGAUCACUUUAAUGGCGCAAAAGCUCUAAUUAAAUUUUCAGAAGCAGAUGGAAGUGGGAAACAAGAUGAAUGGAUUGAAAUGGAUUCUAAAUAUGAUUACAUCUGUGCACCGUGUUUCCCUGAUGACACAGUAGCUGGUCAGGAGAUCCAUUUUCCGAGAAUUCGCCCUUGCAUGAAUGUGGGAAAUCUUCCGGAACAAAUACUAUUUCAUAAUUGUCAAGGAGUGGAGGAUGUUCUAAGAGCUGGACAAGCGUUGGAAGCCUGCACAAAUGAUAGAAUGUGCAGGUGGGUCGAAGGCGUGUUUGUGGGUUUGAAUGAAAAUGGACUGCUGGUGAAAUUCUAUGGGGAUACUGGAUCAGUCACAUUAGAUGCUAGCUCUGUCAGACUCGCACCAUCAUGGAUUAGUGAACAAAAAUCAUGGCAAGUUACUCUAAUCAAGAUUGAAACGAAAGGCCAGGAGUUGCACAAGGCAGUUCAGAGCAAAUCUGAUGAUCUGAUUGAAAAUAAUCCGCAUCAAAUUGUGUGUGCGCCUAAUUCUAAAGGGAAACCUCUGAAGAAAAUACAAGAAAAGUGUACUGACCAGUUAAUAACUGCAGAUCGAUAUGCUUCUCGUAGUGCAAUGAUGUCAUCACUUCUCGUUGCCUGGUCGCCUAUUCUGCGCUUAACGACUGAAAUUGGGCCAGUUUCUCCAGAUAACUCGCCUAAGGGCUGUGCUCUACUUGCAGUUGGAGGGAAGUCUGGUAAAAUUUCAUUUUGGAGAAUCCAUGAGCCACAAUGCUACUCUGUUGUUUCCAGCAGGGACCCAACUUCUGCAUUGCUUGUUGGACUUCUCCAGGCGCAUAGUACUUGGAUCACUUCAGUUAGCUGGGAAUUGUUUGUUUCUGAUGCUUCAAAUCUUCAGAUUUUAUUGGCUACUGGGAGUUCUGAUGGGAGUGUGAAGAUCUGGCAGGGGCAUGGUAGGGAAUUGCUGAAGUCUUCAGAAGUUAGUCAUGCUCCCUUUUCCUUACUGAAGGAGGUUAUUGCUGUCAAUUCUGUCUCCGUCUCCGUACUUUCACUUAAAAUGCCAGUAGGAUCCCCACACAAAAUAUACUUAGCUGUCGGAAAAGGAUCUGGAUCUUUUGAAGUAUGGAUUUGUGACAUAUCAACUGGCAUAUAUGAUAGAAUUAUCUCAUAUGAAGCUCAUGACCAUAUUGUUACAGGUAUAGCUUGGGCUUUUGAUGGACACUGUUUGUACAGCUGCAGCCAGGAUAAUUCUGUUCGUUGCUGGAUUUUACAUGGGAAUUCUCUAUCUGAAGUACCCAUUCCUUCAAACAUUUCUGGUGUGAAGAGCUCCACUGAUGUUCCAAAUGUAUUUGAUUCAUGCUUUGGCGUAGCAGUAUCCCCUGGAAAUUUGGUGCUUGCCGUGGCUCGUAGUUUUGAUGCUGAUCUAUUAAAUCCAAUGUAUCAGGCAAGGACUCAGAAGGCUGCUGUUGAGUUCUUCUGGAUUGGUGGGCAGCAACUAGAUGCCGCAUAUAACAGAGACCCAGAGUUUGAUGUUGAAGCUUUUCCUGGUUUUCUAGAGAAGGAUUUGAAUUGUUGGGAAUGUAAUAUUUUAUGGUCUUUAAAUCAAUUUGAACAACUUGACAAGCCUCUGGUUGUUUGGGAUGUUGUGGCUGCAUUAUUGGCUUUCAAGCAGUCUUCACCGAAGUAUGUUGAACAUGUAAUAGCUAAGUGGCUGAUCUCGUUCGUUGGCUUCCAGCUUGGCCUUUCUACUGCAAAAUUCUUACCACAUGUCUCUAGAUCUCUCUCAAAGAUCACUUCCCGCCAGCUGCACCUCCUCAACAUUAUCAGUAGGCAUGUAAUACUAGGAGAGCUGAAGGGAGAUACAAAUAACAAGAAACAGAAAAACUGUGAAGGAUUAUGUGGUGCUGAAGAGGAACUGACUUCGUGGAUGGAGCUGCUUCUGAGUAGUGAAAGAGAACUCAGAGAAAGGCUUGUGGGUUUUAGUUUCUCUGUAGUUUUAAGUCUUAUCUCCAAUUCAAGAACCAAUUUUGGUAAAUUUGGAUACUGGCAUCCUGUUGGGUUAGCACAAAUGGAGCAAUGGGUUGCACUUAAUCACUAUUACCUACAUGAUGAUUUGAAGCUUCUCACAUCAGAGGUUGGAAAGCUUGAUAAGAGCAUUCUCCACUCCACUUUUGAAUACGUAGCAGAAGAACAAUGCAGCUAUUGCUCAGCAUCUAUUCCAUUUGAAUCUGUGGAAGCUGGCUUUUGCCGAGGUGUGAAGUGUGAUGGAGGAGUCAGUCAGAGCCAUAAACUAGCACGGUGUUCUGUCUCUAUGCAGGUCUGCCCUACUAACCCCUUAUGGUUUUGCUCAAGCUGUCAAAGAUGGGCUUCAAAAUUGGCACCCUGGACUCUUUUUACAAUGCGUAAACGUCCUUCAGAUAUCAAGUCUUCCAUCGAAUCUUCCACACUGGAAGUAUCUGCAAAACCCUUAUGCCCCUUUUGUGGGAUAUUGCUACAAAGAUUACAACCAGAGUUUCUACUCUCGCCAUCACCCGUAUAACCUAAAUAUUUUAUUUUUAUAACAAUUGUAUCAUAAGUGACGAUUGUUGUAUUUAGGUUGGAAGUCUCCCGUAAAGGACGGGCCUAACUAGUAGUAGUACUAGGAUAAACAAAUUAGUGUAUAGUGUUGGUGAAAAUUGCUGGAAGCAAUGAAGCAUUUAGAUGUAAAUUUAGUGAUGGGAAAGAAUCAUGAGCUUGAAUGUUGUGAUGAAACGAAUUCUCUAGAUAUGUUUAUUUCAAAUUGUUCUAGUCUAAUUUAAAUUUGAACUCUGAA